AUGACCUCGAAAAGGCUAUGCUUGAGGUUGAGCGACGACGACUUUCUUUCUUGCGAUGGUCCAACCGGUCUCACGGUCGAACCUGAUGGACCUCGCCGAGAUUUUCUCCACCACGUUGGCUUGAAAGAGCACAUAUAUCGCCACAUGCUGCUCUACCGCAAGAUGAAGCAGGAAGCCAAGGCGGGCAUGAGUCGACUGUUCGAGACCCGCAAGUCGUUACAAGCCGAGCUGGUUGACGACGAAUCCGUUCAGCCGCCUUACACCCUGAUCCAGAUCACCGACUUCGCCUUCCAGCGUGAAGUGCAGACCAUAUACCAACUUGCUUCCAAGCAGACACGAGGCUUCUACGACAUCAACCAGCAAGCAGAUGGUGUCAACUGGGUGAUUCAUUGGAUGUUGUGGAGGGUCAUCAGAGCGACGCCAAAUCAGGAGAUCAGUUCCGCGAGUAGCGGUGUAGAGACGGACUGUUCGAUGCUAUCAACCUGUUCGACGGCGAUGGAGUAUUCGAUACCGAGUGUGCGAACCGAGCAGCCGAGUCCCAAGUGGUGGAUGAAUAGCAGUCUGUCUCCGCACAACUUCAGCGACAGCGAGGAUCUGGGGGAACGGGAGGUGAAGCCGAAGAUAGAGCCAGGGCUGGACUCUCGCAAACUGAAUCCCCGAAAGCGCAGCUACUGGGGGCAUGUAAUGGACACAUGA